AUGGUCGCCUCGGCCUGGCGCAUUGCUCUUCUCGGGGCAGUGGCCCCUGCCCUUGCCGCCCCGACUGCUCGUGCCGUUACCUACACGUCUCAGCCUGACAGGACUGCCGCUGUGCAGGAGGCCUUUGAUCGAGCUUGGAACGGGUACUAUACCUAUGCCUUUCCCCAUGAUAGCUUGACUCCUCUGUCCUUGUCCUUUGAAGAUGACUUCGGCGGUUGGGGCGCCAGUGCUGUCGACGCCUUGUCUACUGCCACAAUCAUGGGAGACAAGAAGGUCGUGAAUCAGAUUUUGGACUACAUUCCAAAGAUUGACUUCACCAAGGCAAACUACACCAGCUCCAUUUCGCUCUUUGAGACUACUAUUCGUUACCUCGGAGGGCUUGUCUCUGCAUACGAUCUCUUGUCGGGUCCAGCCAAUGACCUGGUAGAAAAUCAGGAUUCCGUCGCUUCUAUUCUGGACCAGGCAGUGACUCUUGCAGAUCUGCUCUCUGUAUCCUUCGACACUGCCACCGGCAUCCCCCACAACAAUCUAGAUUGGGCACCAGUACGCCCUCAAUCUGAUACUACUAAUGGUCUUGCCACCAUUGGCACUCUGGUGCUCGAGUGGACUCGACUGAGCGACCUUACUGGAAACAGGACAUAUGCUGAGCUGUCUCAAAAGGCAGAGUCGUACUUACUCAACCCCCAGCCCAAGGACAUUGCGGAGCCAUUCCCGGGACUAUUGGGUAAUGCCAUUGAUAUCGCUACCGGAAAGUUUGUCAACUCCAACGGCGGCUGGGGAGGAGGUACAGACAGUUUCUAUGAAUACCUCAUCAAGAUGUACUUGUACGAUACAAGCCGUUUCGGCAGCUACAAGGAUCGUUGGGUUGCUGCAAUUGACUCGAGCAUCAAGUAUAUUGCAUCGCACCCAACGAGCCGCCCCGACUUGACAUUCCUGGCUGGUUGGCAGAACUCUACGACCCUGUCGUACUCUUCUCAGCAUCUCGCUUGCUUCGAUGGAGGCAACUUCAUCCUCGGCGGUCUCACUUUGGGCAACCAAGAUUACGUGGAUUUUGGUAUUGAAUUGGUCGAUGGCUGUCAUGAUACCUAUAUUCAGACAGCCACUGGUAUCGGACCAGAGAUCUUCGCCUGGCAAGACAACGCCGUUUCAGCCAACGCAAGCAACAACCAAGGUCCACCAGCGGCGCAGGCAGAUUUCUAUGCCCAGGCUGGGUUCUGGAUCCCCGACGGAGACGCGCAGUACAUUCUCCGUCCUGAGGUGAUCGAAAGUUACUACUAUGCCUGGCGGGCUACCGGCGACUCAAAGUACCAAGACUGGGGCUGGGAUGCUUUCCUUGCCAUCAACAGCACGUGUUCAGUGGGCGACGUGGGUUUUGCAGGUAUUUCCGACGUCAAUGUCGCCGGUGGCGGAACAAAGUACGACGAACAAGAGUCUUUCUUCUUUGCCGAAGUGAUGAAAUACGCAUACCUGAUCCAGGCUCCAGAGGCCGUGUGGCAGGUCUCGGCAGACCAGCAGAACACGUAUGUUUUCAACACGGAAGCUCACCCGGUCAAGAUUGCCGGUAGUGCGGCUUAA